AAUAAACAGUGCUACGUUAGCGUCAGCAUCGUUUACUGUGUUGUGAGCGUUGCUGGUGAGAGCCUUGGCUGGGUUAGCUAACCUAGGUUAUCCGGUGGCAUAGCGAGUGGUUUGACGAAUGGCACUGAAUCUUCGUACCACAGGAUUUUGGUAGGUGAAGUGACAGUGGGACGUGAUUAGUAUGAGGACUUCGGACUACAACGUAACAGGGGACACGGCAGUCAUCUGGGCUUCCCACCACGAUGGAGUCUUGAAAGUUGGGAUUUUGCAUUGAUUCAUUUCUUGAAACCGAAUUGGACGAAUUGUUUGGCAGUGUGUAAUGAUCCCAGUCGAGCAGGAGUUGGUGUUGCCUUGUGAUAUUUAUAAACAGGAUCGACGAUGCCAAACUAGUGGGGGACAACGGAAAGUAUGGCGUUUAUUACUGAACGGCAGCCAAAACAUUUGGAGUACGAGCCUUUGAAGAGGUACGAUUGUAAACUGGUGGUCUCCGGAGAAGUCCGACCGAUUUGCUGUUGGACAUCUAUCUAGCUUGUUAGAGUAGGCUGCAAGUCAAACUAGCUGGACUGUUUCUCACCAAAAACCGCUUUUGGGACGAGACCGUCCUGUGUGCGACGCAUUCACUCUGCGUUCAUUUUCAGCAUCUGUUUAAAACACUUCAGUACAAGGUCCCUUGACUCAGGGGGUCACCGAUAAAUCAGACUGGGUCCCCAGUGCGUGUUUUGACGAGGUCCUGGCAAUCGGUGAACAUGUGGAGCCUGGCGACAGCAACGCUGCAGAUCUUGGUCAAAUCUCUUAAACACGCAGCGGGCAAGGGUCAGAUUCAGUUGAGUCGAUGGCUACAGCGAACGCCGGAUUCAGCGGACUGUGAUAAAAUAGACAUAUUAAUAUGCAAUGCCUUUGACGAAGGAGGGAGUGUCGGAAAGUCUGACCCAAACAUGGAGAAUAUUGGCGAAACAGGGUUGCCGUUCGCAGGGGACUUCAGGAACCCGUGUUGCAUUACAACCUGUUGCUUUAAAAGUGCUCUAGUGGCGUGUGUUUUAACAGCUGUGUGUUUCUCCUCCGUGGCGCUUGUACGCCAGUAUCUGAAAGACCUGCUCCUCUGGGUUGAAAGCUUAGACAGCUUUGUGGGGGCUAUACUCUUUAUAGUCGGACUGAUAACUGUGUCUUUUCCCUGCGGCUGGGGCUACAUCGUUUUAAACGUGGCCGCAGGUUACCUGUACGGUUUUGUGCUGGGAAUGGGACUAGUGAUGGUUGGGGUUUUAAUUGGGACCUUCAUAGCGCAUUUAGUCUGCAAACGGCUACUUACAGAGUGGGUUUUGAACAAGAUUGGAAACAGCGAACAGCUGAGUGCUGUCAUCCGAGUUGUGGAGGGUGGAAGCGGACUCAAAGUAGUGGCCUUAGCUAGACUCACACCAAUACCUUUUGGCCUCCAAAACGCGGUAUUUUCGAUAACAGAUGUGUCUUUGCCAAGUUACCUGGUGGCUUCCUCAGUGGGCCUGCUACCCACCCAGCUCCUAAACUCCUAUCUCGGGACUACUCUGCGCACUAUGGAGGAUGUUAUAGCUGAGCAGAGCAUUAGUGGAUACUUUGUGUUCAGUCUACAAAUCUUUAUCAGUAUAGGUCUGAUGUUUUACGUCGUGCAUCGUGCACAAGUGGAACUUAAUGCUGCCAUUGCUGCCUGUCAGAUGGAGAUGAAAAGCUCGCGUAUGAAUGGCAGCAUGGCGAACCACGGUGGCUCCGCCUACUGCAGCAAAAGAGCCUCAGCAGGUGGGGGGAUUAACGUGGUCUGAUGCCUCAUGUCAACAUCCCUCCUGCCGUGAGUGCUUUUUGCCUCUAGAUAGCAAUUCCCUGACAGGAAUACCAAGGGGAGGAUGGAUCAGAGGGGCUCACAAGGCGGCAUCAGGGAGCCUGUGUCCUGGCAGUUUGGCCGGCAAGAGAAGCUGCUGCUUUGGUCAGUCUUGUGUGUUGAGGGUUAAAUGCUGGUUGGUGGCAGUGGAUUCACAAAGAUGAGGACCCUCUCCAGAGUUGAUCAGCACUGCUUGGAUAAUUCUCCUCAAAGGCUUGGACACUGGGCCAGUAUUUUGUAAUGAAAGAUACAAGUUAAAGCAAAACCUAAUAGUUUCCUUGAUACAUUUGGUUUGUAAUUAGUUAUUUUUUUAUAUGGUAUAACUUCAAAUGAAUUUUUAAUAUAAAUAGAGCAGGUUCAAAGCAUGUGUGUAAUGAGAGUACUACAGUGUUGUAGAAGAUAUUGAUGUAGAGGGCUCAGCCGCUACUGUAUAUCAGAUGGUGCUCAAUGAGCAACCUAGAGUUCUAGUAUUAUGAUUUUAGGUUAAUUACCCUAGCUGUAAAUGCUAAAUGUUGUCUGUUUUUAGACUAUUAUUAUUAUUGAUUGAUUAUUGUUAUUAUUAUUAUUAUUAUUAUUAUUAUUAUUAUAAAUGAGAGGAAUUGCACCACCAGGCUAGAAAAAUGUUUGUUAAUUUUGACAAACAAAGAUCACUUAGCAGUUCUACCUUUUUGUUAGGGACAGAUGGAAAGGAAGGAAAGUUUCUCAGCAGGAUAUUUAUGAAUAUACUGCCAAGGACCUUGAAUACAGCAUGAUUAACUGAACAGUGGGAUCUUAUGUGUUCAGUCUCUCCAUACUCUGCUAUGCAGAGGAUUGCUUAAGUCCCUGGCCUUUUUUCUUAUUUAACUGAAAGCUUUAUAAGGCUGCUAUAAUUUUUUUUCUCAAGUCACUUGUUUAGAUUUUUACAUUGGAACAAAUUUGCAUUGCAUUAUUUAACGUGUGCAAUACUUGUUAGGCUAUCUAUGUUAAUAUUUUAGGUAGUCUGAAUUAUUAUAUACAAAACUGGAAAAGUAAUUUGAUAACACUUUACACAGCUCUACCACUGUUGCACUGUACGUGUACUAUUAUUUACAGUGUAACAUACAGAGUAACAAUGUGUAACAACACAGUUGGACUUCCUUUGCACAUACCGAUUGUCUGUUUUUCAUGUACAUAGCAUUUGUGUUGCUGCACAUUGUAACUUUGUACAGUAUGCUGCAUGUAAUAGUAUAGAUAUACUGUAACAGUAAUCAUCUGAUAUUAAAUAACCUAAAAAUGAU